AUGAAGAAGGCAGAUAAGGAAUAUGUUGAUAGUGAGUUAAAUAAGAAGGCAGAUAAGGAAUAUGUUGAUAGUGAGUUAAAUAAGAAGGCAGAUAAGGAAUAUGUUGAUAGUGAGUUAAAUAAGAAGGCAGAUAAGGAAUAUGUUGAUAGUGAGUUAAAUAAGAAGGCAGAUAAGGAAUAUGUUGAUAGUGAGUUAAAUAAGAAGGCAGAUAAGGAAUAUGUUGAUAGUGAGUUAAAUAAGAAGGCAGAUAAGGAAUAUGUUGAUAGUGAGUUAAAUAAGAAGGCAGAUAAGGAAUAUGUUGAUAGUGAGUUAAAUAAGAAGGCAGAUAAGGAAUAUGUGGAUGAAAAAGAUAAUGAAAUAUAUGAAAAAAUUAAGGAAAGGGUUGAAUGGUAUCAUGAAUGGACAUUGAAGACUUUUAAAUUUAAAGCUGAUACAGGGUGGGUUUCAGGAUGUUUAGAUCUUAAAGCAGAUAAAACUUAUGUUAACGAUGAGUUAAAUAAGAAGGCAGAUAAGGAAUAUGUUGAUAGUGAGUUAAAUAAGAAGGCAGAUAAGGAAUAUGUUGAUAGUGAGUUAAAUAAGAAGGCAGAUAAGGAAUAUGUGGAUGAAAUAUACCAAAGUUUGAUAGGAACAACAAAAAAUAUUGAAACUAUUGUUGGGGAUGUUUCUGUCUAUGAAGAAAACAAAUAUUUUAGAUGGGAGUUUGUACACUCCUUAAAAAAUGGUAUACGGUAUAAACUCAUUCCGAAAAAUAACAAUGAAAUGUAUGUAGGCUAUAUAAAGAAUAAUGGUACACAAGUUAAAGUUCCAUUAGACAACAACUGCUACUUAAACUUAUAUGGAGACGAACAAAAGAAAUAUUUAAGAGUUUAUGAAAUGGCAGGUAUGAUGUUGGCUGACCCAGCUCCAGCACCAUAUUAUUAUGACUAUGGAGAUGACGACAGAACACCACAUGUAGAUGAACAAAAGCUAACAUUAUAUUUAGAUUAUUAUAGAUAUAAAAGAUAUAAUGCAAUAGAAAAAACGAGAAUAGUAUAUUAUUAUACAGAUGACAGAAAUAAAUAUUAUAGUCAAGAUUUUACCUACCCUGAAAACAUAAGAUUAUAUUAUAAAAAAUAUUCUGACACAAACCAGAAGAAACCUGAAAUAGUUGCACUAUAUUUUAAGUUCAAAAGAGACAAUCCUAUAAUAUCUCAUAUGUUUGAUUUAAUGAACCCAGUAGGUUCUAUUUAUACAUCUGUGGAUGCAAGAGGUCCUCAAGUAAUGUUUGGUGUUGGUGCAUGGGAACAAAUAGUUGACAGGUUUUUGUAUUGUGCAAACUCUUCAAAGGAAACAGGGGGAAGUAAAACGAUUUCAGGUGAAAAUUUACCUGCACACAGUCACUACAUAGAUUUAAGUACAUCUCAAGCAGGUUGGCAUAAGCAUAGAUAUUGGGAUUGGUCAGGAAUGACAAAAGGUAAAGGAUAUGAUGUUAAAGACGACGUUAAGUUUGCUAUAAAUUGUUACUGGGAUGACACUCAGGGAGAAGGAAACCAUACACAUUUCGUUUCAGGAUAUACACAAACAACGGGACAAAGUAAAGAAUACAUGCCACCAUUUAUGACUGUAUUCGCAUGGUAUAGAGUUCAAUGA